AUGAGUCGUGUAGAAGCGUUGCGUGCAUUGAUAAAAGAACAUGAAUGCGAUGCAUAUCUAAUCACAGAUAGUGAUGGUCACUAUACAUUCUAUUCAUUAUCAGAAGAAGAUCGUCGUCUCAAUUGGAUAACAGAAUGUCAAGCACAAUGUGGAUUAGCCAUUGUUACUUUAAAUAACAAAGCAUUCUUUCAGGUUCCACCCAACUAUCGAUUCUUGGCAAAAGUCGAAGUCAAUACUGAUGUGUGGACUCUUGGUGAUGAUAUUGUUCAAUGGAUUAACAAUCAACAAUUGUCAUUAAAAAGAAUUGCCUAUGACCCUCGUUUGACACCUCUAUUUAUUAUUGAACAAUUCUCUGCUUUAGCAUCAAGUCUUUAUCCAAUCCAUUCAUCAAACAAUUGGAUCGAUAUCAUUUCGAAAAAAGAAACAUCUAGUGAACCAUCAAAAUUAACACCCAUUUGGCCACUGGAUGAAUUUCGUUUUGCUGGACAAACAAGUAUAGAAAAAGUGGAAAAGUUAAGACGAAACUAUUUAAGUGAUGGAGAAAAGAAAUACACAUUGAUAAUUACAGCUAUGGAUGAAAUAGCUUGGCUUCUUAACCUUCGUGCUAAUGAUAUGGAAUGUAAUCCACUCUUCUAUAGUUUCGCUAUUGUCUCAUGUAAUCAACUCUGGCUGUUCACGGACAAUCCUCAUCAGGAUCUUCAAUAUGAAAUACGUCCUUAUGAAAGUUUCUUUGCCUUUCUUUCGACAUUGAAAGAUCAAGAUGUAUGGCUUGAUGAACGCACAUCUGUUAUUGUCCUUCAUCAUCUUUCAUCUACUGGUGUAGUACGUAUCUCUCGUUCACCAAUUCAACAGAUGAAAGAGAUUAAAAAUUCUGUGGAACUCGAAGGAUUUCGUCAAUGUCACUUUCGUGAUUGUGCUGCCGUAUGUCAAACCUUUGAAUGGCUUCAAAAAAGCAUGGAGAAUGACGCAUUGAAUGUUACUGAACUCGAUGUCGCUAAAUAUCUAGAGAGUCGACAGCGAGAACAAGUAGAUUUCAUUUCUAUUGCCUUUGAUACAAUCUCCGCUUCAGCCACGAAUACAGCAUUGAUUGAAUAUUCGCCCUUCGCUAGAAAGACAAAGACGCUCAUUGCUCGUGACUUGUUUUAUCUCGAUGGUGGUGGAAAUUAUCUCGAUGGAACAACCGACAUGACACGUACUCUUCAUUUUGGACAAGCAACACAAGAACAAAUUCAAUGUUACACUCUUGCAUUAAAAGCAAUUCUUUUCAUUGAAAUGACUGGAUUUCCAUGCGAUGAUACUCUUACUGGAUGUUAUAUUCAUUCAUUAUUGAGAGCGCAAUUCGCUUCUAUCAACAAUUCAAAUGAACAUAUUUCGUUUGGUCAUGGAGUAUCACAUGGAAUGGGAGUGGUUGAAGGUGGUAUCUUCAUUAGCGAUAGUCCUUCUCUUGCCACUUCAACUCCCAUUCGACCCGGAAUGGUAAUCGCCAUUGAACCUGGCAUUUACUUCGAGGGAAAAUGGGGAAUUCGACUGGAAAAUGUCUAUGAGGUUAUUGAAGAUGAUCAACGAUUUAUUCAUUUCAUUCCAUUAACUUUAUUGCCUUAUUCUCGUCCACUGAUUGAUGUCAAUCUUCUUUCUUCAGAAGAAUUGAAAUGGAUUAAUGUUUAUCAUCAACGGUGCCUUCAGUAUGUUGAUGGAGGAACGUGGAUGAAACAACAGAUCGACCUCUUCCUCUAA